AUGAGCGAACGGGGAUACUGGAUUGCUACCUUCAAAAACCUCAUCGAUAACCAUGGAUUCCUCGAUCAAGUAAUAUUUAUCCCGCAGACAAAUAACACAGAAAGUCUAGAAUGGCUCGCGUCUACUGUGAAACGCACUCCUCUCUAUCAAGUCUUGGGGUUCGGUGAUUAUAUCCAGUGGGGUGGCAUGGAUGGGAAUGUGAUUUUUAUCAAAAUAGAUGGCGAUAUCAUCUUUUUGGAGGAUCAUACGGUCUCUACGAUUGUCAAAACCAAGCUUGAUCACCCUGAUUCCUUAAUAGUUUCAGCAAAUGUUAUUAAUCAAGCAGCUCUUCAAGCCCUCCAUAGCCAUACUGGUGUUGCCCUUCCCUAUCUCCCCGAGCUUUCUUCCUCCGACCAGUCUCGAAUUCCUUUCACCCAGGAUUGGCGGGCCACAGACCUUCCAGCCUGGGAAGGCCCUGCUGAUUUCAAAAUACUAAAGGGAUAUGCUCCUCCCUCUGGGAGUCAUCGCUGGCUUCCGUCGGCGGAUGAGAAUGGGGAUCGAACACCCAUUGGCAUGUCCAUAUAUGGUGACAACGGGCCUGCACUGGAUGACUGGACGGUCCAUGCACAGCAACACUAUUCAUUCCUACAACAUCUCGAAGACGGCGAUCUAUAUCGGUAUAAAUUUCCCGUGUGGGUUGACCCCAUCGAUAGUAUUAGUCCCAACUUCCUUUGUCUACGGGCAGGCGACCCAAGCAUUGUGAAGUCUAUCAUUCAACAGGACGCAGAGAAGCUAUCCUUAGAGGUCGCACAGAACGUUCUGGGUAGCGAUCCAGGCGCUAUAAUCGACGGGAAAGGGUUAGCUGCGCAUUACUCCAUUGAGGCAAGUUUUGGGGGGCUGGACUCUACUGAUAUCCUCCAUCGAUAUCGAGCGUAUGCUGAGGAAAUGGUUUGCCCAGAUACUUUUUGA